UGUUAAGAAAGGCUCAUCUAAAAGGGAAUUAUACAGCCUUAGACCUUCCAUAUCGGUAGUCUUUUAGAGGGGUUUAUAAUGUUUUGAAGGAAAAAAAUAAUUCAGAGAAAAGAAAAAUGCUAAGGGAGGCUGUUAUAUAGUAUACUCAUCUUUGUUACGUGUCACUUACUUGUUGGCUAAAACAAAAUAUCGACUGAUUAUUUUUUUUCUUCCUCUCAAUCUCUAUGUCUCUCUCUCUCAAUCGAAGUGGAAUUGGCAAUGGAAGAAAAUGGAAUCAAAGGAGAUGAAAUCAGAGGACAAUCGGGUCGGAGGAGAUGCGACGGAGAUUGAAUCGGCAGAGGCUAAUUGGAGGGUUUUGAAUCGAGUCCGAGAUUGUAUCGGAGGCAAAGCUCCUUCUCCUGCUUCCAUGGCUGUCCAAAAACUAUGCUCUGUCUUGGGAUUCUACUCUCAAGCUAUUCAUCUAGUUUCAGGAAAUGGUGGACAAGAUGGGUUACGAAUUAGACUUGUUCGAGUCACCAAAAGAGUUAACGAGGCGUACUUUACCCAGUUAUACCUUUCACAGGUGGGUAAUGCCUCAUAUAGUAUCAGCUACGACCUUUGGUCUUCAGAUGCAAUUAAUAUAGCUGUUAGAUGCAAGGAAUCUACUCUCAAGCUAUUCACCGCUAUGAAGAACACAUGCGUAUAGACGAGCUAUGAAGACUUCUCACCAUUGAUGCAAUGUAAUUAAGCGUCCGUCCGUACUGACUUUGUGAAAGCUUUGUGUUGAGUAAAUGGCAAAACAGAAUCAGUGAAGACUUUGAGUUUUUCUUAUUGUAAUAUGUAUUAUGUUUUGUAUGUUUAUAAAUUAAUUAAAUGCAAUAUUUUUUUAUU